AUCCAUACCUAAUGGGCCCAAGAUAUCCAAAUCCCAUUGUGUCGCCACGCCACGCCACGGCACCGUUUAAGUCCGAAACGGAAAUCACAUUUCACACCACCGCACGACCAUCUCGGAGGAGGAAACUCUCCCAAAACCCCCAAACCCUUUCGAUCGGCGGCAAUGGCGGCGGCCGACGACGCCUCGCCCUCCCCUGGCUACGCCCUCCGCGCGACGCUCACGGGCCACCGCCGCGCCGUCUCCACCGUGAAGUUCUCCCCCGACGGCCGCCUGCUAGCCUCCGCCUCCGCGGACAAGCUCCUCCGCGUCUGGUCCGCCUCCGACCUGGCUCCCGUCGCCGAGCUCGAGGGCCACGCCGAGGGCGUCUCCGACCUCUCCUUCUCCCCCGACGGCCGCCUCCUCGCCUCCGCCUCCGACGACCGCACCGUCCGCAUCUGGGACCUCGGCGCCGGCGGCGGGGCGCGCCUCGUCAAGACGCUCACGGGGCACACCAACUACGCCUUCUGCGUCGCCUUCAGCCCCCACGGCAACGUCCUCGCCUCGGGGUCCUUCGACGAGACGGUGCGCGUGUGGGAGGUCAGGUCCGGGAGGUGCCUCCGCGUGCUGCCGGCCCACUCCGAGCCAGUCACCGCCGUCGACUUCGAUCGCGAGGGAGCCAUGAUCGUGUCGGGGAGCUACGACGGGCUCUGCCGCGUCUGGGACUCAUCCACCGGCCACUGCGUCAAGACCCUCAUCGACGACGAGAGCCCUCCGGUGUCCUUUGCCAAGUUCUCACCCAAUGGCAAGUUCGUGCUCGCGGCAACCCUUGAUAGCACCCUGAGGCUCUGGAAUUUCUCAGCUGGAAAGUUUCUAAAGACAUAUACUGGCCAUGUGAACACAAAGUACUGCAUUCCAGCAGCAUUUUCGAUCACGAAUGGCAAGUAUAUUGUCAGUGGCUCGGAGGACAAGUGUGUCUACUUGUGGGAUCUGCAAUCAAGAAAGAUUUUGCAGAAACUGGAAGGCCAUACUGACACUGUCAUUGCGGUGUCGUGCCACCCCAAGGAAAACAUGAUUGCAUCAGGAGCACUUGACAACGACAAGACAGUGAAAGUCUGGGUCCAAAAGGAAGAUCAGCAAUAAGCCUGAUUAAGAUCUUGUCUUUAAUGGUUGCCUUGCGACCUGACUGAUUGUAGGUAAGCUACUUAUCUUCCCAGGUGAGGAAAGGUUGUUGCAAUGGAGAAUGUGAUGAUCCCAGGAUGGGUAAUUGAGUGUUGUGUUGUCUGCUAUUCAUGGGAUAAUUGUAUGAAAGACUGAGCAGAACAGUGCUUUCACUUAAUUUGUUAUCUUUCAGAGUUCGUGAUAUUUGGAUGCGAA